UCUCGGCUACGGGGCUACUUUCGUCCCCCAACAUAAGCACAUUCACAGAUGCCUGCGCGCGGCAUGCACAGCUCGCGCGUCACGACAGAUCGACUCGUGAGCGCACCGCGGAACGCGGAGGGACGCGCACAGGAACAGAGGACGCAAAGACAGGACGAGACAGACAGGGAGAGAGAGAGAGGAGGAGAGCAAAAACGAGGUGAAGAGUCACGGUGCCCAAAAGCAUCACUGCACUCCGACGUCUCGCGUUAGAGCGCAAGAGACAGAGAGAGAGAGAAGGAUGAGAGGACAAUAAAACCCUCUCGAUCCGGAGCUUUUUUUUUCAUUCUUUGCUUUCUUUUUCUUAUAAUCUCCAACAUCCGAGGCUUGAAGGCGAGGGUCAGCGGGCAUGACAGAAUAAAAGGAACGGAUGCUCUGAAUACAGCCUGCCUUUCCACAAGGGACAAAGAGAAGAAGAAGGGGGACAGCAAAAAAAAAAAAAAAAAAAAGCAGGAUCUUAAAAUGAGUCCUUCUGCAGCGUGCGCCGGGACACAGUCACACUGAAGCCUCAAGGAGGGGCCAGGCCUGAGGAUGUGACACUGUCCGGAGUUUGGAUUUUGCCAGUGACACAGCUUUCCAUUUGUCUGACCGCCUUCGACUGCACUCUCUCUGGUUGCCAAAAGAAACCAAUUAAAGCAGUCUUGUGACAAAGAGGCCGGGAUUGUGGCGGUGUUCAGCAACGCCAACGCUAAGCAGAAAGGCGCACACCAGAGGAAGGGCCUGUGCUUGCUGCAGACGGGCAGAGGACAUCUUGUCUGGUCUUGGAGUUGCCUGUCUGCGUGAGUGCAUAUGGUAGAUGAAGAGGGAAGAAAUGGUGGCCUGACAUACAAUGGAAAUGUCACCAGUACAAGCCACAUCCAAAAUGCAUCGUGGCAAUUUCAACUGUGAAUCACCAGUGGUGCCAUGAUCCAGUUAUAACUGUGGGUAAUGCCAAGCCACAUAACCGAUCCUGGAGAUGCCGAAGAGAAGAGAUAUUCUUGCCAUUGUGUUGAUUGUGUUACCCUGGACUCUUCUCCUCACUGUUUGGCACCAAAGCGCGAUUGGUUCACUCCUCGCCAUCCGCAAGGCCUGUCACCACCUAGUAAAAGAGAUCUUUAUCAUUCCAGAGAGGCUUGCAGUCAACCACCACCGGCUCUCAGAUGACAGCAUCGAGGGCAAAAAAGAGGCAGGCGGCCAAACGCAGGACUCCAAGGAAUACUGUUCCUCAGAUAAGGACAUUGUGGAGGUGGUGAGGACAGAGUACGUGUACACGCGGCCACCACCCUGGUCCGACGUGCUGCCUACCAUCCACAUCAUCACCCCGACGUACAGUCGCCCGGUGCAGAAGGCAGAGCUGACGCGGCUUGCAAACACUUUCCUCCACAUCCAUAACCUGCACUGGAUCCUCGUCGAGGACUCCCAAAGGACAACUCCUCUUGUCACGCAGCUCCUUAGAGAAACAGGACUCAACUACACCCAUCUCAAUGUGGAGACGCCCAGAAAUUAUAAACUGCGAGGUGACACUCGAGAUCCCAGAAUCCCGAGGGGGACCAUGCAAAGGAACUUGGCCCUGCGGUGGCUGAGGGAGACCUUCAAUGUCAACAGCAGCCAAGCGGGAAUCGUCUACUUUGCUGAUGACGACAACACGUACAGCCUGGAGCUGUUUGAGGAGAUGAGAUCGACUCAGAAAGUUUCAGUGUGGCCCGUGGCCUUUGUGGGUGGAUUGCGCUACGAGUCUCCAAAGGUCAACGCAGCUGGAAAGGUCUACGGCUGGAAGACGGUGUUCGAUCCCCAUCGACCCUUUGCCAUUGACAUGGCUGGUUUUGCCAUCAACCUGAGGCUUAUUCUUUUCAAGCCACAAGCGUAUUUUAAGCUUCGUGGGGUAAAAGGAGGCUACCAAGAGAGCAGUUUGCUCCGAGAACUUGUCACACUCAAUGACCUGGAGCCUAAAGCAGCCAAUUGCACUAAGAUACUUGUCUGGCACACAAGAACAGAGAAGCCUGUCCUUGUAAAUGAAGGGAAAAAAGGAUUCACAGACCCCAACGUGGAGAUUUGACACUUUCUCCAAGACCAGGGUGGUUGGCCUUGGACCUGCAAGAAGGAAAAAAAAGGCUGAGUCUCUUAAAGUGCAGCCAGCAUUCAUGUCUUAAUCAUCAGAAGGAAGAAAAAAGAAGUGGGGGGAGAUUUUGAGGGGGGACUUCAUCCUCUUGGCUGGAAAUUGCAUUUUUAAAAUGCGAACUAAAACAGCGCAAAUGCAUCAUAAUAAAGCACAGACGGCUAAACGGCAA